AAUCAACUUCUGGUUGGUAUUAGCAACUGUGAUUCAUCACACCAUAAUGUCAUUGAUUAUUUUCCUAUAACAGCAUGACACAGAUUGUUUUCUUCUAUUUCCUCUUGUGUUUUCCUCCAUCUUGGUUUUAGCGCAGCUCUGGCCGUCAUGGAGGAAAGUAAAAAUAUCUCGACUAAUCUGAUUAGAAGGGGCCUCUAGAAAUAACCCUCUCCCCCAUUCCCAUUCUUCUGCCCUGCUGACCGUAUCUCCACCGUCUCCCCCCAGACCUACUGGCCUAAUAUCUCCAGUAAAAUGGCGGUCUUAAAGGUGACCUUCACUAAGACGAGUCGAGACAAGCUGGCCCAGGCUCUGUGGGUGCUGAACUGGGUCUCUGUGAUUACAGGCCUCAUCCUCUUCAGCUUGGGCCUUUUCUUAAAAGUGGAGAUCCAGAAAAGACGAGAGCUCAUGACUGAUGAGAUCCAUUCUGUGCCAAACAUGCUGAUCACCGUGGGCCUGGCCGCCUGCGGCAUCAACUUCCUGGGCGGGAAGAUCUGCUACGACUGCGUGGACGCCGACAAGUUCCUGCACUGGAAACUCCUCAUGCUGCCGUACAUCAUCUGUACCUUCUUCUUCACCUUCUGCAUCCUGGUGGGAGCUCUGAUGUGCUACACCAUGCGCAGAGACCUGGAAGAGGCUCUGUUUCUGGGUCUGCAGGACGCCAUGCGAUACUACAAGGACACGGACAAGCCCGGGCGCUGUUACAUCAAGCAGAGCGUUGAUCUCCUGCAGAUCCAGUUCCAGUGCUGUGGAAAUGAUGGCUUUAGAGACUGGUUCCACAUCCAGUGGGUCAGUAACCGGUACCUGGACAUGACCAGCAGUGAAGUGAUGGAUCGGCAGAGAAGCAACGUGGAAGGGAAGUACCUCCUGGAUGGAGUGCCCUUUAGCUGCUGUAACCUGUACUCCCCUCGGCCCUGCAUCCAGCAACAAAUCACCAACAGCUCCGCACACUACAACUACGACUAUCAGACGGAGGAACUGAACCUGAACCUGAAGGGCUGCAGACACGCGCUGCUGGAUUACUACACCCACAUCAUGCAGUCCAUCGGCUUCAUCGUGCUCAUCAUCUGGCUCUUCGAGCUUGCUGUGCUCACAGGAGUCCGUUACCUGCAGACCUCCAUGGAGAACGUGCUGAAGUUAGGAAACCCUGACUCUGAGUCAGAUGGCUGGCUUCUGGAGAACAGCAUCGCGGAGACGGCUCGCUAUAACUUCAACAUCAUCAAGAACCUGGGAAAGUGCUAUCAGGUGGACGACGAUCCCAACAUCGACGUCCCGAGCAGCAGAGGGAACGUCCCCACUCGGCAAAUCCCGGUGGCCAGCUAGCGAAAGGUUCACUGCCAGACUCUAAAAGGCAGAGUGAGAUCCCACAGUGACCUUAUGAUGUCUCCGAGAAGCUCCAUCAUCUAAAGUCAAGGUUCUAUGGUGAAAAGUGCCAUACUGAAGAGAUUCUGAGACAGUUUCAGCAAAUGAAUCUAAAUGUGAAGGAGUUUGUUGCACUUAAACAAUUGGUGUAAAAAACCUCAACUGCCUUGUUGAAAAUGUAACAUCAUUUUUUUUUAUAACGUACAAAAUACACGUGAUUUGGCCUCAUUUUUAUAAAACUCCUAGCACCUGUCUGAGUUCCUCACUCUCCUGAAUAUGAUUGAUCAUGAAUAAAUAAUCAAUAAUCCAGAACUCUAAGGGUUAAUGAAGCUGGAAAUGCUGAGAUAUCUUGGCACAGUGUUAAUAAGAUGGUAUUACGGCUGCUGUUUUAAUAA